AUGAGUGAGAUGUGGAAGGAGGAUUCUUUCUUUGGUAACCAAUAUCUUAAUGGAGUUAACCCAACUCUGAUUGAAAAAUGCUUUAAAAUCCCAAACAACUUUGCAGUUGAUGAAUUCAUGGUGGCUCCCUCUCUAGGGCCUUCAAACCUAGUGAAUGAACUUCAGAAUGGUCACAUUUUCCUGGCAGACUAUAAGAUUCUUGAAAAUGUUCCUGCGAAUAACUCAGUCAAUGGACACCAACAAUACAUUGCAGCCCCUAUGUGUCUGCUGUGGAAAAAUCGUCAGGAUCAGCUUGUCCCAAUUGCUAUCCAGCUGUCUCAGACCCCUGGUGAUCCAAUCUUCCUGCCCAGUGACUCUGAAUUUGACUGGUUACUGGCCAAGCUCUGGGUGCGCAAUUCUGACUUUCAGGUACAGGAGGUUGACACUCAUCUUCUCCGCACCCAUCUGUUAGCUGAGGUCUUCUCGAUUGCCACAACCAGGCAACUUCCAAUGGCACACCCAGUGUAUAAGCUGAUUAUUCCACAUUUGCGCUACACACUGGAAAUAAACACCCUGGCCAGGAAGCAGCUUAUUGGACCCAAAGCCUUCUUUGAUCAAGCUAUGGUGGUAGGGAAUGGAGGGAUUCCAGUACUCCUGAAAAAAGCCAUGGUUGGGGUAAACUACAGUAGCCUUUGUCUCCCUGAUAGCAUUGCAAGCAGAGGAAUGCAGUCCAUUCCUAACUACUUAUACAGGGAUGAUGGUAUGAAGAUCUGGUCAGCUGUAGAGAGCUUUGUGUCAAAAGUUGUCAAAUAUUACUAUACAAGUGAUGAAAUGAUCAGCCAAGACCCUGAAUUACAGGCCUGGGUGGCUGAGAUCUUCAAGGAAGGAUUCCUGGAAUAUAAAAACUCGGAAAUCCCAUCUAUCUUGGAGUCUAAAGGAGCUCUGGUCAAGUAUCUGACUAUGAUGAUCUUUACAUGUUCUGCUCAACAUUCAGCCGUUAAUAGUGGUCAGUUUGACUUCUUUGCUUGGAUGCCCAAUGGACCCACCUCCAUGAAGAGUCCACCACCCACCUUUAAAGGAGUCACCACAAUGCAGGAUAUUCUAAAGGCAUUGCCAGAUGUGAACACUACAGCUACUGGCAUGGCUACAGUGUGGCUUAUCAGCAGAGAGCCCCAGGAUAGGAGACAUCUAGGAAACUACACUAAUGUACAUUUUACAGAGAAGACCCCACAGAAUUUAAUUAAGGAAUUCCAGGAUAAACUGGCUAAAAUCUCCAAAUCCAUCCAAGAGAGAAAUGGGGCCAUGCGUCAGCCUUAUCCCUACCUGGACCCAACUUAUAUAGAAAACAGUGUCUCCAUUUAA